GAUGCAGUCUGCAAAGAGUUCUCUAUGGCAAGUCAAUUUCAAGGGAUGAACAUUUCAAAAAUAGAAUCAGCCCUCCAGUCAGUUUGAUUGAUUGGUUUGUUCGUUUAUCACUUUUCCACUCUUCAGGAGGAAAAAUCUCGCUGUGUCUCUUCAGGAAGAGACUGUGUCUCAGCGAAGAGGCCUUGGCCUCACUUCCACAAGAAAACAAAAACAACCUCGAGGCGUCGGCUGCGUAGUUGUACGGGAACACGCCGGUGCUUGAUUGUUCAGACUGCAAGGGAAAGCCUUGGCGUAGACGCCCCACACAGAGACAAGAGCAGCUGCGACGUUCCAGGCCGACGGGACAAGUGCACGCCUGCUCCGUGUCGGCUCUUUAGCCGAAGCGGAGCGGGCUCGGCGGGCAUUGGGUAACGACCCGGACGGAGUCGGAUCUGACCGUGCAGUGAGCAGGUUUGGAAGGCAGUGACAUCAUGGCAGUAAUGGGAAACUCGAUGUCGGUGGGGCAGUCGACAGCAGGAAGGGGCGCGGUGUGUCUGACAUGUAAAGGGAUCUGCACUGGAUUCCAGCCACAUUCCUGGAGGAAAGCCUGCGUGCAAUGCCACUGCAGCCAGGAGGGCCACGCCCCCAACUCGGACACCGAGGACGACCGCAAGAUGGGCCAGCUGUUGGCGGACUCCCAGUAUGCCCACCUGACAGCCAAGGUGAAGGGUGGAGACGGCCUGAGGGUGUACAAGCGCAACCGCAUGAUUGUCACCAACCCGGUGGUGUCCCGCAAAGACCCCACCUUCAACACUGUCACCUACGACUGGGCCCCACCCGGCCUCACCCAGAAACUGGCCAUGCAGUACAUGGAACUCCUCCCCGUGGAAAGGCGUCCUGUGGCCGGCACAGAGGGUGCUCUCUACCGCCGCAGGCAGUUAAUGAGACAGCUCCCCGCGUAUGAUCAGGACCCCUCGCACUGCCACAGCCUGUCUGAUGCCGAGGUGAAGGCCAUGGCUCAGUUUGUGAAGAGCUACAAGGACCAGGCUUUAGGAGUUGGGGAGGUGGCCCUACCUGGAGAGGGGGGAGCAGUCAAGGAGAAUGCCGGCAAGCAGAAGAGUGCAAAAGACUCCCAGGAGCAUCUGGACCCAGAACCUACAACCAACGGCACACUGGAGCAGAGCAGCCAGAAGAGCCAAUAUAAGUGCACUGGCUGCAGAAAGCUGGUGGCGCCAGAUGAGCCUGUGGUCUACGCUGAGCGGGCUGGCUACGAUACACAGUGGCAUCCCACCUGCUUCGUGUGCGACGAGUGUGGAGAAGCCCUGGUGGACCUCGUCUACUUCUGGGGGAAAGGGACCCUGCUCUGCGGUCGCCACUACUGCCAGAGCCUGAGACCACGCUGUCCCGGGUGUGAUGAGCUGAUCUUCUCCGAGGUGGUCCAUCAGGAUGCCAGUGGACAAGUGUGGCAUAAGGAGCAUUUCUGCUGCUGGCAGUGUGGCCAAAGUCUUGAUGUCCAGUGCGUCUGCGAUGGGCAUCGCCAGUCCCGGCCGCUCUAGAUCGCUCUACACGGAAGCCUCCUAGCCUGGCAGUGCCGCUCUGCUCAGUGGCAGCAGAAGGCCAGUGAGGAUUCCCUCAUUUGUUCUUUGCCUGUUUUUCAAACCCACCACAAUAAUAUUAGAGUGAGCGAAAGUAAAAGGUGAUCUUUAAUUAGGAGACACCCGAACGUAAAGCAGUGAGGAAAUAUCACAGUUUUGCUUUCCAGAGACUCCAGAGUCUUGUUGAGCUUGUUGCAGUCGUACGGAAUUUUACUAGAUUUCUGAGAACUUGUGAAGAGAAAGACCCACGCCCUCAAGAUUAGAGAAGAGUCAUACUGCUCUGACGACUGACGCCAUGAUAUAAUGCACCCCUGGGAUUGACUUGGCUGAGGAGGAGAUGAUGUGUAGGGUGGGCCUUUGGCUCUGGCCCGAACAGGCACCCUGAGGCCUGCGUGUGUGCCUGCCUGCUUAGCAUAGCACGUCGGUUCACACAUCACAUUAGCUGGGCAUCGCCCGAACCCAUCACUGCAUCUUUAGGUUGUGUGUUCCUAAAUCCAAACUCCCUUUAUUCACUUCACAGAAGUGUAUUGCGAGAUCAAAGUGCACACAAAACACUGCAGUGUUUGCUGGGGUGAGGGAGGAGGGGAUGAAAAGGGAAGAUGGAUGGCAGUUCACGAAGAAAGUGAGCAAAAAAGGUAGAGUUACAUAAAGAAAUAAUAUGACUAGUGGAUUAUAAAGUCAUGAGAAAGAGGUGAGCAAGAGCCUCUCUCACAUUAAGAUGCAGGUAGGGGAUUCAUGGAGAGCUCGUUAAGACUGGUCCAUGUGAGCACUUGUCAUGUGACGGCAUUUGUAAAUAUUUGAUGGUGCUCAGAUUAACUGCACAAAUAGCAGUGUAUGUGUACAGCAUGAGCAGGAUUGUGAUAUGCUUCUUUGUGAGCUUCAGGUUCACACAAAAAGCAUGUUUCAACAUGGCAAAUAAUGGUUUGCCAGUUUGAAAUGACUCCCCCCAAACUUACUUAAAAAAUGUUGAUUAUAUCUAUGAGUUAUAAUCAUAAUCACUCACAUUUAUUAGAGGUAUAUAACAACACCAAAAAUGGCUCUCCAUAUCACCCUUGGAAACGUGAUGUUUGGAUUUCUGGAAGUAAUAUAAUCGCAUGUCAUUUCAGAGUUGUUUUUAAUGUUUGUGCAGAUGUUUUAGUCAAACAUUAAAGACAAAAUAAAUGUGCAUUUUGUGUGGAAAAUGUGCCAGUUUGAUGAGGUUUCUGUAAUUGUACCUAUUUUAAAUUUCAAGUUUCACACAUUCAAGAACGAUGUGCCUGGAAUGAGAAUCAAAGUGCAGCUCCGAGGAGAGAACUGUGUGGGAACGUGUGCUGUGUGCUUGUGGCUUUUGGUUUGGGUUUUUUUUCUUCCUCACAAUGCUGUUUCAGAUUAUUUCAAAGGCAUCACCCAUAAUGGCAUCUUAAAACAUUUUAGAUUGUGUAUUAGCAUUAUGAAAACAAGACCAUUUAUGAUGUGUGUGGUUAAUGUAGAACCAGUGGAAAUAUAUAAUUAACUUCACCUACCCUAAAAAUGAGUCUUUAACAGAACUGGAAUGUUUUGUGAAUGCUGGUAUUUGAUAAACUUUAGUAGUGAUAUACUGAUAGAACCAAUUAGUUACCAGGAAAUCAUUUUAUCAGUCGCUAUCAGUGGUAGUGGUAUCCUUCUAAUGACAGUACCAAAAUAAUUUAUUUUAAGAUGUAUGUAUUUUAUAUGAACCAACUGGAAUACGUUUUAAAAGGAAAAUCAAUAACAUUUUUAAGGUGAUUUUGGGUUUUUUUAGACUGUGGGUUUAACAAAUCAGGAAUACCUUUUAGUAAUACUAAUUUAACAUACUGUUUGUCUGUUUGGCUCUCUUAAAUGGCACUGAGAAUCAGUCAGAAAGUUCUGUGUAUUUUCUUUGUUAUGCAUUUAAAAGUAUUGUCCAGUGAAAAAUCAGUGACUGAUAUGGCGUGUUUUGUUAUUUGUUUUAAAAUUGCAUAAGAUGAGGUUUCCAAGUUGACAGUUUGACUUCUUCCUUAUUGGAACAGUUGAAUGCUUUUUCAUGUGAAAUUCAUGUGCUGCGUUGACUUGGCCACCUAGGCAAAGUCCUGUAUGCAUUCAAGUAUGUUUCAAAUGCAUGUUCUCUACCUAUUGAAAUAAAAAAUAUAAACCUGCA